AUGGACCGUCGCCCACCUCCGUCGAUCCCUGAAGACAAUCUCACCGCAGCGACAGCAAAGCAAGGCUAUUCCUGCACUACAAUUCCUCCGCAACACCUCAGCGACCGCGGCCGAAAAUCCCGCGCUUCCUGCUUCCCUGCCAGAGCCAGUCAACGCCAGAAACGUAAUGCGUGACAUCACAGAGCUGCUCCUUCAACCUGCCUUAUCAGCUCCCCCUGGCGGGGAUCAGGUCGUAUCACCCCCUGUGGCUGCUCCCUACUUGUCUGACUUCUCAAGCCACCACAGCUUUCUUCACUUCCCUGCGUUCGCAGGCUGCAUUAAAUUCCCUCGCACAUACAUCCUUCCAUCCCAACAUUCCCUGCAGUAAUACAGCUUAUGUUCCCUCUCUUCCCACAAUAGCCAGUUCCUCAGCUCUCCAUAGAGCCCUCUACCAACUCCUACACUGGCUAUCCCAAACCACCCCUAUUUCCUGCUUAUCUAUUCUGUCAACCCUCUGUCCCCUUUCCUACCCCCUCCCUUCCCCAAUAACCAAAUGUAUUUCCACAUUCUGUACACAAUUACACAUUAGCCACAGCUGCUUGCGCCAUCUAUCCAACCAGCCUCAUCCAUUAACCAUCCUUCUUACAUCUCACAAGCACUAUGCCAACAAAUUCUCACUGGUAGUUACGUAGACCUAGCGCAGCUACUCCAUCAUUUACAAUCGACCCAAGACAACCAAAGGAAUUGCAAACCAAUUCUGGUCCAGUUUAACUCUGUGACCUACUUCCAUCCAGGCCCAAAGACUUAACACCAGUAGAAUUCGCUUAAACAUUUUCACCCUUCCGCGACCUGGUCUGUUUAGUUUUUCCAUCUUGCAGGUCUGCGCUUAACGAUCAUUCUUCCAUAAUCCUGGGCAGGGCCCUGCGUUUUGGUGGCACCAGACUUCACAGUUACAACAUACACUUCGCAAACCAGGCAGCCGGCCGCAUCUAGCAGUUUAACCAGAAUACAUACUGGGGCAUACUCGUCUCUGCCUCGUAUUGCCAAAUCCUGCUGCCCGCACUUCCCUCUCCACAAGUAUGAGUAGCCCCCUUCCACCCAGCCCCAGCAUGCAUUGUUAGCGUUAUUCCACCUCAUUCGCUAAAAAGGGUCAACAAGAAAGAAAGGCCCAAUCUUUACCAAGAUGGAAGGACGGUGUGCAAUAACCUCACCACCUUGGCCACACCCUCUCCAACUGUCCUACAUGUCUGCUCUUUUUGCAGAAGUGCUCACAUCAGGAGCACAUGCCCACACGACCCAACUAUACCCGUCAGCCAACUAGCACAGCAACUCAGCUCACCUGUUAAAUUAGAUGCACCAAACACCAGUAAAUGCCCCCCCUUAGCCACCUCAACUACACCAUCCGUAUCAUCUCUCAGGCAAAAUCUUUUCUUACUAAUCCCCUAAAGAAAGCUGCAGCCAUUCCAACCUGACACAACAGAGUGGGCUUGAACGAGGCAUGCAAAACGGAGACACACGUGAUGAUUUAUAACCAACCAUAAGAUAUUCAGCUGUUCACAGAUGCAGCUCCCUCCAUAGGUUUCGGAGGUUACUACGGGAAAGAUGGAUCACUUCCACCUAGCCUCUAGAGCUAAAAGACCUUGACACAGAAUCCCAGUCCCCUUCAUUCGCCCUGCACGGACUCUCAUUACUGCCUUACUUUAGGGACAUGAAUAAAAUUCAGACAUCUGACCCCAGAGUCCAAUCCACAUCCGUCACAAAUCUUUCUGUUUUCAGCCACAACAUUGAUCAAACUUCAAAACUAACGAACCUCACUAAUGCCUCAAGAGAUGCAAUACCUAACAGUCUUGCUCCUAGUACUUUUUCUGCUGACCUUGCAAGCUGGGACUGCUUCAAGUCAUGCCGCUUCUCAUACCAGUUGCCUUUCCCUUCUCUGGACAUCAUGUCCAUCUGCAAUUAAUAACCCAUACUCACAACAUCCAGUCCUCUACCAUUAAAAUUAACUUCUUCUCAAACUUUUUUUUGGCCUACAAUGCACUGCCAUCUCUCAUUCCCACAAAACAACGUUAAUCAAAGGCUGAACGAAAACAGGAGCUUAACAUCCCACCAAGUGCCUACUGCUCACCUCCGACUUACUCAGCCUCUGCAUUCAUUCUCUCCAUUCAGUCAACUCAUCCCCAACGUUUGAUUCUACACUAGAAUCAAUGUUUAGUUUGCCUUCUUCGGUUUCCUUAGAAGCUCUUAAUUUGCUCUCACCUCAUCUAUCUUCAAUUAAUCCUGCCAUCCCAAACUAUCAGACAUCGUAGCGCACACUUCAGAUUCUCGUUCACAUUCACACCCUGAUGCACUAAACAUAUCAUCUUGGGUUUUUUCCCUAUCUACAUCUCCCGCCUCUAUUCCUAUCUCAGUGCAUAUAAACCACUUACAAACUACAUUAACUCCAGGCAUGCUGCUCAAGCAUCACCUUAUGGCCUUCUUUUACUUACCAGAAAAUGAAAGAACACGGCUACACGAAUCUGGUUCUAUAAACAUCUGAAUCAAGUCCUCCUCAUAUCAGGCAUAACUUCAGAGCACUACUCAGCCCAUUAAUUCCAUAUUGGCACAGCAUCCACAGCAGCCAGACUCAGCAUAUCAGAUUGAACCAUUCAGACCCACGGACGACGGUCAUCUCAGGCACACCAUUCCUACAUUCAAAAUAAUCCCAACUAACUGCAUCAAGCACACAUUCAAUUAAGCUUCUUUCCAAUACAACUCUUUGGGGGCUGGACUAAGCUUGGGCAGAGCGACGUCUGAGACGGAACCCCCAUCCUGAGUCUCUCCCUGCCAGACCUCUACAGAACCUCCCAGACCAACCAGACAUUCAACACUCCUGAUUAGCCUCAUCAUCCAUCACAACAUACACAUAACAGACAAAACAUACACAUUCCCAAAUUCAUAUUAAAUAUUUAAACGUACAUCACUGUGGCGUGGUCAUUGCUAGUGAAAUGAAGUUCAUGUAUUAACUUAGGUUUAGGAGCAAGGCCAUGCCUUCACCACAUCUCCAAUCACCUGACUAGCCUACAUAUACACAUCCAUCCCACCACACUCUGUUUGUCUGCGAUUCUUUGACCCACCCUCCCUCUUCAACAUUAAUGCUUCUACCACCUUCCUGGUCUGCAUCUCUCUGAUCUUAAUCCAUUUUCAGGUACAGUCUGGGUUGGACUAAGCUUGGGCAGAAUGAAGCCUGAUAUAGAACCCCCAUCCUGAGUCUCUCCCUGCCAGGCCUCUACAGAACCUCCCAGACCAACCAGACAUUCAUCACUCCUCAUUAGCCUCAUCAUCCAUCACAACAUACACACAACAGACAAGACAUACACAUUCCCAGAUUCAUAUUAAAUAUUCAAACGUAUAUCACUGUGGCGUGGUCAUUGCUAGUGAACCUGCUUUUUAAAUACCCCGAAAGGAGUGGGUGUCACGCACGGCUUUUAUUCAUUGACUUCUCCUUAGCCUUAACACAAUUAACGAUUGACUUCUCAAUUAACAGUUAACACAAUUCAACUGCACAUUUUAACCCAGGGACUUUUAAAGCUUUUUAACUUGAGUAAUAAUCUUGUGGGCUGGAGUUUAGAUUUUUUUUACCAAACCAGACACAGAGGGUCAGAGGGCUUUUUAUCUGAAAAGUUGUGCUCCUCCACUGGCUCACUACAAGGGUGCGUUCUCUCACCCUUGUUAUUUAUUCUGUACACUAAUAUGUGCCAGAGCGCUUUUAAGAACCGAUUCAUUUUAAAGUAUGCCAAUGAUACUGUUAUUGUCAGCCUGCUUCAAGGAACAGAAAACAGUCAUGGUCCUGUCAUUGACAACUUUGUCAAGUGGAGUGAGGAUUCGCAACUACAGCUAAAUAAAUCCAAGACAAAAGACAUGGCCAUUGAUUUUAGCAAAAAUGCCAAUACACCUGAACUCAUCACGAUCAAGGGGCAAGCUAUUGAACAAGUUAAAUCUUCUAAAUAUCUUGGGACUAUCAUCAACUCCACUUUGAAUUUUAGACUAAACUGUGAAGCUGUGAGCAGGAAAGGACACCAGCAUUUACUCUGUCUGCGGAAGCUGUCCCGUUUUCACAUUGACAGGACCAUGAUGACACUUUUUAUUGUGCUUUUAUUGAGUCGGUGUUAACUUUUUCACUUGUGUCAUGGUUUAGAAACCUGCCCCUAAAAGAAAGGAACUCACUGAACCAGAUCAUUAAAUGGUCUGGUUGGCUCAUUGGGGAGUCACAGCUGUGCCUACAGUCACUGUACACUAGGCAGGUACAGCGACUGGCCAGCUCCAUUUCCGCUGAUGGCUCCCAUCCUCUAGUGAGUGAGUUCCAGCUGCUACCAUCCGGAUUCAAACCCCAGGAGUUAAGACCACUCGCUGCAAAAACAGCUUUGUUCCUGCAGAUGUUUCUCUUUUAACUAAGUCUUGACGCACUCCACUUCCAUUUUUUACCACAAUGAUGGUACAACAUACAUGCAAUAAAUUAUAAGAUAAUGAGGACAAAUAAUCAUAGGUGAACAAUAAAAGAUUCUGAGUCAGGCUAGGAGCACUAAAGUUAAUGAUAGUCAGUGAAUAUGCUCUAACAUAUCAACCUACCCUAACUUUGGUGUCAAGCUAAAUUUGGAUGUGGAUUUGGAUAAACCUAGCAUUACCAGAAUAAGUGAAUAUCUGAGUCAUGACCACACGAGAGAUGAGACAGCAUCAGCCCUGUUUGGAGCUCUGGAGUUUUGCAUACUAAAGUGAGACUGGUCCUUGAAGAAGAUGGAGCAGGUUCCGAAGGUCCAGGGCUACCGGCGGUUCAGCUCAGGAGAUGACUGAAGUCAGCCGAAGGAUGGGCCAGGAGUUGCAGCACUCGGGCCUGGAGCAAAACCAGCACUUGUGGAUCCUUUGGAUGCUUCUAUCUUCUCACUCAAAAACUCUGGCACAGAGGAUGACUGGGCCUGCUGGGUGGCAUUCAGAGGUGACUUUGAAAUCACGCAGAUAACUCAGAAAAAGAGGCCCGAUGACCAGUGGAAACUCUUUCAAAAAUAACUUUGUGAAAUUAAAGAAAAAUCUAUUAAAGGCUUAAUCUUGAUGUAACAGGUAUUGUAUGAACCCAAAUGCAGUACAAACAAGGCAAAGAAUCGGUGUUCUGUCAAUAGAUUUAUUAUCAGGAAUACAGACAGUUCAGUGGCUGGGCAGGUGGCUUGGUCAGGACAGGCAGAAGUUCAGAAACUGGGAGGCAAGCAGACCAGGCAGACAAUCCCAAGGUUGGGCAGGAAGAUCUCGUAGUCAGGAACAAAAGGCUGAGGUAAUUUACCAGGAGGCAGACGAAGCAGGCAGGUCGUAGUCAGGCAGGCUUGGCACCGGGAAGACAGACAGAAGAACGCUGGAAAGUCUCGCAUGGCAAAGAAAAGUCUGGCACUGAGUGAGUGUGAGGCUGGAGAAUAUAUACUGAGCAGAAGGCAGGGGGGCUGAUUAGUGAGUGAGGGCAGGUGUGUGAUUACUGAGUGAAGGCAGGUGUGUGAUCAGUGACUGAGAGUGGGUGUGGUAAUCAGGGAGUUGGUGUGGUGUGAGCAAGGCAGUGGAAAAUUACUGAGUCCAUGGGAAAGGCUGGAGCAGACUGUGACACUUCAAUUUCACACAAAAAGUUGAAGUUUCAAAACUUGAACUAAGACAAUGUUGAAGAAAAAUCAACGUGAAUGAACACGUGGCGUAAAACUUAGAAGACUAAGAAAAAGUAAGGCUAAGUAAAAGGUAAGAGCUAAGAGAAAACAAAGAAGAGGGCUAAGGCCCGAACUACACGAAUGCGGAUAUAUUUCAAACCGCACAUAUUUAUGUCUGAUUAGGCCUCCCUACCACACCAAAACGGGAGUUUGGAGCACUCAAACCGGAUAAAUCUGAAUCCGGAAAUAAAAAAAUAUCCGUAUCCCGUAUCCGUAGUGGAUUCGUGUGGUUGGACUUUUACGGAUCGAUGACGUCAAACCGAAGCUCGCGCAUGCGAAUUGAAAAGAAAAACAACAACAACAACGAUGGCGGACAGACAGGGUAUUCUUUACGUUUGUUUUGCCCUUUUGGGGCUAAUUUCAGCCUUGCAAGUGAACCUUGUUUUUUACAAUUACAUACACCAGUCAGCCAGCUCACAGACGUGUCUGCUGCGGCCAAUACUUUUAUUGGUCACAUGGUCCGUCACAUGGACCCGACGCACUAGCGUAGCUUCCGCAAACAAUGCAUGAUGCAUCACGCUGUUACGAUUCAUCGGCCAAUCAGUUAGCUUUGUUCCUGAAUUUUUUUUAAGCGGCACCAGAUAGGAUUGAGUUUGAAGGCUACGUGUGGACACAGAUAUUUUUGAGAACUAACACGUGUGGACAGAUACAUUUAUUUAGACGGGAGUACAAAAAUAUCCUGAUAAAUAAAUAUCCAUAUACGUGUAGUUCGGGCCUUAGAGAAGACCCAGGAAACAAGCAGGAGGGAAAGGAGAGAAGAGCCAAAACAUAAGAGAGAGGCACCCCCAAGUUUACUGGUUUUAUCUCCUUUCACACUGGGAGUGUCUCUGGUGUGUGUGUGUGUGUGUGUGUGUGUGUGUGUGUGUGUGUGUGUGUGUGUGUGUGUGUGUGUGUGUGUGUGUGUGUCUGUGUGUGUGUGUGUGUGAGAAGAAAGAGGAGGGGUCGUGGGGUCUGCAGAGGAGACCUCUUAGAUAUCUGAUUAUUUGAUCUAACUUAUACUUUUGGCUGAUAAAAGAGUCAGUUCUGAUACUCACUCACUAUGAUUAAUAUCAUUGAAUGCUUGGUUUCAUGACAAAUGAUUUGAUACUAAACACAUAUGAAUGAAAUGUAGGAUCACAUCAAACAUUCUCAUUAUGUUUUAAGUAUCACAUUGAACAUGCUAAAUUACUCUGAAAUGAAACAGAUGCUAACACAGAAACUGUGAACGACAAAAGAGCAAACACUUGUGAAUAAACUUCAUAAUUAAUAAUGGAUUCUAAAUACUCACAUUCAGAUUAUUCAAUGACAUUAUAACCAACUAAUAGUUAAAAAUACUAAAUAAACAAUUACAAUAACAAAAAUAUAAACCAAACAUUUUUAAACUAUUUCUGUUACUUAGAGUAAAGUUAUGAGUCAUAGUCAAUAAAUUUAACCCUUAAAAGUUCUUGAAACAGUCUGAAAAACUGUUGGUCUAAAGAAACUAAAGAAGAAGGAUUUAUUCUGUCAGAGUGAUAACUUGGCUUCUGGAGCACAUAGAAAAAUGGGAAACAUCUCAUUUUCACACAAAUUUCAUGAUCAGACAGAUUAGUACAUUGCUGAAUGCAUAAGAUGUCAUGAUCAGUCAUUUGCAGUCUUUCACCAAAGGUAUGCAGUUUUUAUCAGUACAUGGUUGAGCAGGGUUUUACAACUGAGGUCUGGAGGUCAGUGUCCUUCUCCUCAGACCUUUCUUUGGGGUCCGUUAAGAUGGUAAAUCUCAAAUGGGAGACCUGGAUUGAGGCAUGAAUGAUUAUUUAGAUGGUCAGCGAUGGAGUCAGUUUGGAAGGUAAUAAAACUCUGUCUCUGUUCUCCGAAUUGACCAAUCGUGAAGAGUCAGAGGUUUGGUCAACCUACGACAAGUCUGGAAAGAUUUAUAUGAUCCUGUGUCCUGGGACCAGAUAAGGAAACUUUCCUGUGAGGAAUGUGUGAGUUUCACACACAGGGUUGUCUUGAUUGCUACAAUUUGUUAUUUUAUUUAUUAGUAGUUACUGUCUUUUGUGUCAUGCUUUUAUGUUUUUAGCAUGCUCUUAACAGGGCCAUACUGGCAUUUUAGUUAUAUUCAACAAUGUUUGCUUUAUUUUAUUUCUUAAUUUAUUUUAUUUCUCGUGACCACGAACAGUGAGCCACUGGGAGUACCUGUCAAUGUCUUUGGUCUGUGCUGUUUUUAACCUGUCUGCUGCAUAUGUCCUGUGUUUUUCAUGUUUGUGCAUAACGCUUGAACUGCCUCUUUCCAGACUGCAAAACAAAUCUACCUACAGGUAUCAAUAAAGUUACCUUGAACCUUGAAUCUUGAAGGUGCUGUGGAGUCACUGGCCUUACUUUCUUCAGCCACAGCUGCAGCACCACCGACCCAGCUGGAAUACCCAGGAAUUGAAAAGAAAUAAUAUUUAACUUUGAAUCAAGUAAACUAUUGUGAAUUGCAUUCCAAAUGUUUGUCAAUCAUCAUUUUUACUAUUUUAAACAGAUUACAAUUACCUUUAUCCGGUGCUUCUGGUGCAUUUGGUGCCACUGGCACAUUUGGUGCAUCUGUGUCCCCCUUUGCCUCCAAAUGCAAGUUCCCAUGGGGGCAGUCACCUAUCUGGGUCGUAUGGUAGGGCAAGGUCAGGUUGCUACUGUUGAUGUGAUGGCAGUCUCCAAAUUCUCACAGCCAACAAUGAAAAAAGGAGUUGCAGUGUUUUUUGGGGUUAUUAUCGAGGCCCCUGCAGAAACUUUUCAACAGUUGUGUUCCCUUUUACAGACCGUCUUAAGGCCAAGGCAAAAUUUGGUUGGUCUUCAGAAUGCCAACAAGCAUUUGAAUAUGUGAAACGUCUGUUGUGCUCAUCUCCUUUUUUUUCAAAUUAUUAGUACUAUUAUUUAAUUAAACCUUUUUAUUUAACCAGAUAAAAGCCAUUGAGAUCAAGAUCUCUUUCACAAGGGUGACUUGGCCAAGACAUCAGCAGCACAUCAUGAAAAACAAAACAAAAUAAAACCUGAUUGAAAGAUGACAGUAAACAGUUAAAUUUCAAAUUGUUCGGGAGUUCAAGGUGUCUUGUGAUAAAGUACAGUCACUUUUUAAGAUAAAUAACAAUUUAGAAGCACAAGCACUGUUAGGUUGUCUCAUGCUGUCUGUCCGUUAUCAUGGAGCGAAAAGCCCCAAGUGAGAUGAGCUCUGGGAGUUUCAGCUCAGUCUGCAAGGAGUUCCAUGCUGUGGGGGCUGCAAAACUACAUGUUCUCUUCCACAAGUUUGGCAUAUUUGUAGACUGAAGCACACCAAGCUGAGAGUGGCGGUGCAAUAGUGGGAGGUGUUGACAGAAUCAGCUGGCGCAGUGACCUUUUUGUCCCCGCCGGCAGCAUAGAAUUUGAAUUUUAAAUUUGAAUUUAUUUAUUUAACAAAAAAAAAAAAAAAAAUCUUCUUGUCAGACAAGAAAAGAUGCUUAGAGCCAAGUUACAGCAAAAGUGAAAGCAGAUACAAUAUUAAAAUCAUUGAAAUUUGAAAUGAAAAUAACACGAUGCCCAUAAUAUUCUAAAAAUAGACAGAAUACACGAGUAAAAGCCGGGAACAAGACCACCAAAUCAUGAAGUGCACAAUAGGGAUUGACAGUAUGAGGGGCCUUCAGGGACAUUAUUCAGGAUUACCAUUCACACACAUAUAGAACAAAACCUAUUCACAUACUAUAGUAAAAACCUCACACACUUACAAGUAAAAUGCUCUCACACUCUACUGAUAUGUUGUGGUCUCACACACAAUACUGAAACGCUCUCAGACACACUACUAAAACACUCUCACACACUACUGAGACGCUCUCACACACACUGAUAAAUUUGUUGUGUUCUCACACACACUUCUGAAAUGCUCCCACACAUACUACUGAAACGCUCUCACACACACUAAUGAAAUGUUUUGUUCUCACACAUACAAAUAAAAUUCCCUCAUAAACACUACUGAAAUGCUUUUAUGUACACUGCUGAAAUGCUCUUAUAAACACUACUGAAACGCUUUUACACACACUACUGAAACGCUUUCGCACACACUACUGAAACACUUUUACACACACUACUGAAUCACUCUUUUAAAACUACUGAAAUGCUCUCAUAAACACUACUGAAAUGCUUUGUUAUGACCAGGGGUCAUAGGUUUCCUAUUUUAUUUUCAUCAGCACAUUUUGUUUGUGGGUAGCCCUCCCUACCUGUGGUAGGUGCUGUUCCUGUGUCUGUUUUGUUUUUCAGGAGAGGACUGUGGCCUGAUUGGACAGCAGCUGAGGAGGGAAGCUGUGAAAAGGGUGACUGCUGGAGGAGCUCUCUCUCUCAUUCCUUUGUCUCGACUCCCACCCAGACCUGUGUUUUGUGGAGGCUCCUUUUGUGUUAAAAUAGUGGAAACUUUGUGA